AUGACGCAAAAAGUAACAAUUUUAUUAAUCUCGACUACCGCAAGUCAUGAUGGGAUACCAGGAUAUUAUGAUUAUCAUAAAGUGCAUAAUGGACUUGAGAGUUCUAAGGACUAUAUCGAUGAAUGGACAGUGGAAGUGCCUGCUGGUGAGGAAGUUGCUCAGCUGGUUGCCCUCGAGCUAGGAUAUGAAUACGACGGGCCGUUAUUAGGAUUUCCGAACGUGUAUGCCUAUCGAGUCCACAGCAAAAACCGUCGCACCCCUAGCGAGCACACAUCCAUACUUGCCAACGAUAGAAGGAUACGUUGGUCGGAGCAAUUAUUCACCAAAAAACGCGCCAAACGAUAUCCAUUGGAGGAUUUGAAUAAAGAACUUUUGAGAGUAAAGAGGAAAAAAAAUACCAUAACUAAUGCGAGUGACGAGGAUAGAAACAAAAGAAAUGUUCCCAGUAAAAUGUUCAACGACGAACUUUGGGGCUAUGAAUGGUAUUUGCAAGACACCCGAACAUUCACGGAUCUCCCGCGUCUCGACCUCAACGUGCUACCAGUUUACGACAUGGGGUUUAACGGCUUGGGUGUGCGAAUAUCGAUACUGGAUGACGGCAUCGAACACAACCACACCGACCUGCGAGACAACUACGACAAGGAAAUAAGUUGGGAUUGCAAUGAUCGUGAUUCGGAUCCAUUUCCAAGAUAUGAUGAACAAAACAGAAAUUCACAUGGUACGAGAUGUGCAGGAGAAAUAGCGAUGGUUGCAAACAACGGAAAGUGUGGAGUAGGAGUGGCUUGGCGAGCGAAGGUGGGCGGUGUGCGGAUGCUUGAUGGACGAAUCACUGAUCGUGUUGAAGGAGAAGCAAUAGGAUAUGCGUGGGAUAAGGUUGACAUAUAUAGUGCGUCAUGGGGUCCUAAUGAUGACGGCAAAACUGUUGAGGGUCCUGGAAGGCUCGCAAUCGAGGCAUUCAAACGUGGAAUCGAACAGGGUCGAGGCGGCAAGGGCAAUAUUUUUGUUUGGGCAAAUGGUAAUGGAGGAGGUCACGGUGAUAAUUGUAACUGCGAUGGAUAUUCCUCAAGUAUUUAUACAAUAUCGAUUGGCAGCGCAUCUCAGCAAGGUCUGUUCCCGUGGUACGGCGAAAUUUGUUCUUCAACUCUUGCCACUGCGUACUCCUCUGGUGCAUAUAAGGAUCAGAAAAUAGCUACAACCGAUACGAAUAAUUCCUGCACUCUUGGUCACACUGGAACUUCGGCUGCCGCUCCACUGGCAGUCGGAAUUAUAGCUUUAGCGCUGCAUGCUAACCCAAAUCUUACAUGGCGUGAUGUCCAACAUUUAAUUGUGUGGACAUCUGAAUACGCACCUUUGUCUCAAAAUAAAGGAUGGCAAGUCAAUGGGGCUGGUUUACGUUUUGACGUGCGUUUUGGAUUUGGCCUUUUAAAUGCCGCGCGCCUUGUAUCAGCAGCAUUGAACUGGAUAACAGUCCCACCAAAGCAAAUAUCUACGUACACAUCUGCCAAUAUCUCCUUGAGCAUCAGACCAGUACGACCCGUGGAAGUUGAUAUUUAUGUGAACGGCGGAAUACAGUAUUUGGAGCACGUUGAACUAAUAAUCAGCAUACAAUAUACGAGGCGAGGCGCUCUUGAAAUCUACUUGGUUUCCCCACAAGGUACCAAAGUCCAAGUUCUUAGUCCACGGCCAAAGGACUCUUCAGAAGCCGGUUUCUUUAAGUGGCCUUUAACAUCUGUAGCGACGUGGGGAGAGAAUCCUAAUGGAAUUUGGAAGGUCAUCGUACAAGAUUUGACCAGGGAGCCCAACUAUGGUAUCGUGGAACCAAUGACCCUGAUUAUACAUGGAACAGAAAAAAUUCCAAACCAUAUGAAAAACGGCCCUCGCAUUUAUAAAAAUGAUGACUUCUUGGAUAAUGAAAUAAAUAAUAACUUGUACUUACAUAAUAAUGAUAAUAACGACUUCUUUGAUUUCAGUGAAAAUAUUUUCACGAUACCAGGAAAUCAGGAAUCAGUAGAUUAUGAAACAUCUUUCGAGGGAGAUGAAGAGCUUUUCAGAAUUAAUCAUCAUAGCAAAAACCAUAUACUUGAUGGUCUAGGUUAUAUUUAAAGGAAUUGUCUAGGCACAGUAAAUAAGCUUAUGUCGUUAAAAAAUCAUAUUAUAAUUAAUAUAAAAACCAUAUUGUCGAUUGUAUCUAGUCAUUAUUUAUUAAACAAAUUAGACAUAUCAAUAUUUAUGAUUUCAUAUAUAAUUUUAAAAUAUUUUUAAUGAAAACAACAUUGUUGCAAAACACGCACAUAAAUUAUGUUUUUGAAGUUUAGGCACGUAUAAUUUUUAAACAUUGUUAAACUUAAACCAAUCUGUA